AUGGCAGACCGACGGAAAAUUAGGCUGACGUUUGGUGGUCGUGGUGGCGGCGUUAGCGGCGGCGAACCGAUUGAGGGUUCUGGUCCUCGUCAUGCAAGAUCAAGACGUUUGAAUGCGUCUGUUAGGAGGGAGUUAGGUGGUGCAGGACCUUCACAUGCACCGUUUCAGCAUGAGCAGCAGUAUGGGACUGCUGGUGCUUGGUCAGGGGAGCACCAGUCACAGGGGAGCGCCCCCAUGUAUUCGUCUACUGGAGUGCCUUCAUCAGAUGAGGAUGAGGAUGAAGAUCGAGGAAGUCAAUCUGCUGGAGAUGCACAGUACGACCCUCAGGAUUACCGUACUGUGUAUAGGGGUGACCAUGGGAGAUAUGUUAGCAGUAGUGAACCAGGUCAAGCUUCUACCAGCUCGUCAAAGUCAUGGGUGGUGCAGGAGCCGAUGCCAGGUGGGCCUGAGGAUGGUACCGUUAUUCCGAGUUUUGGGGCUCACGUGUCUGCCUACAUAUGGGGUGGGCAGGAGCGAAACGUGCUGCGGUGUUUAAGCAGGACACAGUUGUGUUCUGAAUUGGGUAACUGGCGCGCUCGUCUUCCGCCGGAGCACCUGGAACCGAUUGAUGGCACUGGUCUAUCUCAUUUACCCGGGAUCAUGUUCCGGCGAUUUGACUGGCCCUUAAUUUCUGCUUUUGUUGAGAGAUGGCAGCCAGACACGAACACGUUUCACAUGCCUUUUGGGGAGAUCACGAUCAUGCUGCAUGAUGUGUAUCAUAUUCUAGGGCUUCGUGUCGACGGUUCCAUGGUUUCCACUACUCCUAGCACGGACGUUUUACGGGACGCGUGCUCGGUUACCUUGGAUAUGACUGAGGAAGAGUUGAAUGAGAAGUGCGGUACCAAAACCGUAUGGCAGGGUAGUGGGGUCCUGACUGAGAGGAUAGUGGAGUCGACCUUGGAGGCGCAGAGGCCCUUCAGUUUCCAUUACAGAGCGUACCUGUGGUUAGUACUCGGCGGUUGUUUGUUUUUGGACAAGAGUGGAAACCGUACUCAUCCUUCCUUCCUCAACGAGCUGUUUGUUGAGGAUGUUCAGAUUAGUGAGUACUCCUGGGAUUCUGUUGUGCUAGCAUACAUGUACCGGCAAUUGGGUACAGCAUCACGAAGAGAUGUUGAUUCUAUCGCUGGCUGCCUUACGCUUCUGCAAGCGUGGAUCUACGAGUACUUUCCGUGUUUCCGGCCUCAGCAGAGGACCUUGACCAGAGAGCUUGCUAUUCCUCGUGCGUCCGCCUGGGAUGUUGGAUCGGGGUGCCCUAACAAGAGCAUGGAGCGCCUUCUCGCUUUUCGGGCUAGGUUGGAUCAUUUGACUGACAAUGAAGUUAACUGGCUACCGUACGGAGUUGAUCCAGCACGACGCGUGCCUGCUACUCUUUUCAUUGGCUGCAUCCAGUAUCGAAGCAUCAUUGAUCCAUACAUGCCUGAUCGAGUGGUUCGGCAACUUGGAUACGUCCAGGGCAUUCCACCAGCCAUUAUCAGGCCUGAGAAGGCUAAGAGACCGACGAACUUGAAGAUGUAUCGGUCCCUGGUAUGUCUUUUAGUGUCGUGGUAG